AUGAGUGUGUCCCAGUCACCAGAAGCCCGGCUGACGCAUCUUGUCGAGCCUCUGAUUUCCGGUUUCGAGGAACUUUUAGCAAUAGUACGAGGCCAAGUCGACAACGAAAAGACUUUGAGGGAUCGCGUCGAAUUCGCCGCAAAUGAGUACGAGCGCCUGUUAGCUGCUGGGAGCAGUUCUUCUUCACAAUCUCUCUCUCCGAGCGACGUCGCAAAACGAAUUCGUCAACCUUUGACGAUCUCCCGAACUCCCGAGUCCUUGAAGAUUCAAGAGGCUCAACGAGCGAUACAGUCCUACAGAAUGUUGAACCCAGAACAACCUCAGCGGGGUGCGUUGAAAUGCCCAAUCGCACAUCAUGUCGCCGACCCUGAGGACUUCGAGCGAGAUUUCACAACUCCUGGCGUCCAGGGUAAUCUAGGAUGCCCUUUUGCUAAGAUGUCGAACGGCGUCACUAAUGGGCAGAACGCUGAGGAAGAUCCCAUUGCGGCAGAAUUCCACCAAGACGGAACCUCUACCCGGUCACCCAAUGACCAGCGGCCAGGUCAGUGCCCGAUACGCUUUCUUGACCAACAUUCCCCUGAAGAAGUUGCCAAAUAUUUCGAAAACCACAAGCAUGAAAUACCACGCAGCCAUGAAAUUUGUGUUAGAAGAUAUCAGUCGAAUGAGACGAGUGCUCGCCAACUUGAUGCCAAGUACGGUAGCCUGGUCAACAUGAUACAAGGCCUAGGUGUGAAGCACAAGGCCUAUCUUCCCGAGCGAGACCGGGUUGACGAGCGAGACAAGAUGUCUAGCACCAACGUCGAGAAAUGGGCCGAAAAUGUGAGCAAUUAUGCCGCACCGGUUACCGUAGACGCCCCGGCAGACGAUGAACAGUCUCGUGUAUCGCAUUUUGAACGCCCGUUACGAGAAGUCCGGGUUGGAGAGUCUCCAAGCCGACCUUGGGGGAUCUCUGUGCCCGCUAACAAAGACGUUCCUCCAAGUGCUCUGCAAUCAGAAGAUGGUGUUGCGCAUUUGAAAAUCGACCGAGAAAGCCCUGAAGUUUCGUCCCCAAUAAAGCCUUCCAAGUGCCCAAUAGAUCAUGGCAAGUCUGGGAAGCUUGGGGAAAAUCCUCCCCGGACCGAACCUGAAGUCGUCAAAGAUGCAGAUUCACGAACACAGAUCAUCUUCCAUGGACCUGUGUUUUUCGGAUACUCGGCCGAUGAGGUGGCCACAUUGCUACAGAAGACCAAUAUGGGUGGCUCUCCUCCAACUGAGCGCCGAUGA